AUGGAGCUUGAUAAUACCUUCAGGAAGCGGGCCCGCGUGAGUGGUGUCAUCGACGGAUGCUCGGCCGGCGGCCCGGACCGGUUGAGCUCUCUGCCGGACUGCCUCCUCCAUACCAUCAUGUCCUUCUUGAGAGCCCGGCAGGCGGUUCAGACAUGCGUGCUGUCCACACGGUGGAGGCACCUCUGGCGCUCGGUGCCGUGCCUUGACAUCGACUUUGAUGAGUUCAACAAGGCGCCCCCUUCUAAUGUCAACCGCAUCUGUCUCUCCAGUAGCGACGACAGUUCUAGCUCCGAGAGUGAUACCUCUGAUUCUGACAGUGACAGAUGGCUACCGCAUCCUUUCAACAAGGACUGGGAGGAUUUUGAGGAUUUUGCUGUGACCCUGAUGCGCCGCUGUAACAUUGCACAAUUGGAUUCAUUCCGGCUGAAUAUUGUUAGAAGCAGAGCUCCGGUGUUUGGCAAUAGACUGGCAGCAGGAUGGCUCCGUCGCGCCAUGAAAUAUGACACCCCAGAUCGUGCCAGUAAGCUGGGACUGAGCUCAGGUUCUUGGCGCCUCAAAAGGCUGCAUCUCUGCCAUGUACUUCUUGAUGACCAUUUUGUGAAGCGUGUUAGUUCAGUGUGCCACUCUUUGGAGGAUUUGGAGCUGGACGAUUGCAGUUGUCAAAUUAUGUCAAUCACCUCCCAAUCGCUGAAGACCCUGGUUCUUAAAAAUGUCGAUGGCACAGUCUUUCUGAGAUUAUAUCGCCCACACUGA